AUGGUCGCCACACGAAAGCGUGCGCGGCCGGCUGGCUCCUGCAGCCUAGACGAGUCGACGCUGGCGUCGCUCAACACCUCGCGUGCGCCGCUCGAGCUCACGGGCGGCCACGCGCAGCCAGCGCGGAUGGUGCAGUACUUUCGGGAGGCGAAGCUUACCGACGUGACAAUCAUAGUGGACGGCAAGUCAUACGCGGCCCACCGCAACGUGUUGGCGGCGGCGUCGGACUACCUGGACAAGCUCUUUGCCGGCCCAAAGUGGGCGGACCAGGAGCAGCCGGUGAAGCUCUCUCAGGUGCCGGGCGCACACACGUUCGCAAACAUCCUCGAGUACAUCUACACGGGGAGCUGCAUGACGAACGAGAGCGACCUGAUCUCGAUGCUCGAGGCGGCGCACUACCUCCAGAUCGAGCCGCUGCUCCGCUCGCUGCAGGAGCUGGUCGCGCGGCGCGUGGACGCGUCAAACUGCCUCGAGGCUUGGAAAGUGGCAGACACGUACACGCUCGAGAAGCUGUCGGCGACGGCGAUGCAGAUGGCGCUCCGGUCGUUCGAGCAGGUCUCCACCUCUGCCGGCUUCAGCGGGAUGCCCCUCCCCUUCGUCCGUCAGCUCGUCUCGGACGACAAGCUGAUCGCACAGGAGGAGCAGCGCGUCUUUGAGGCGGCGGAGCGGUGGGGUGGAGGCUGCUGUGUGCGUCAACCGACUCAGUGA